AUGGCUGCAGCACCGCGAGCGGGAAGCUUUUUGCCAGCCAUCAAAUGUUCAAAUUGUGCUCUUGAGAUCGAACUAUCAAUGAUGGGUGAUCAUGUCUGUUCGGCAGCUUCCCAAGUUAACAGCAACAACGGUUUUGAUGGAGCACCACCUGCCGUAUCGCGAAGAGACAGAUCAUUUUCAAGACCUGGCCCUCGCCUGCGAGUUGACUCCUCUGCAGCCACCAGCAGCGAUACAGCCUCUCCCAUCAACGGAUCCAACGGCCGGAAGUCGCCCUUCACCAUAUCUGAACGAAGUCCUAUUGCAUACCCACCACAGGGUCCACCUUCUCCAGAAUACACCAAUCUUGACUGUGCUUUCCCGCCCUUUCCAAUUACAGCACCACGUAGUGCGACUCCAGUACAGCAACCACUGAACUCAGAUUCACAUUUUGGUAGUGAAUAUGUGAGGGAGCAUGCUGAGCCCUACAACCAGUCUGGGCCAACCAGCCCAUCUUUUCCACAACACUCUCGGACAAGGUCAGUGUUGAGCACAGGGAGCAGGAAUAAGAGUGGUACUAUGGGAAACAGACCGGAAAUCCUGACGCGCCCAUCGACAUCUGAUGGCCGAAGGAAGCCAUCGCUGGCCAGUAUUUCAGGAGGGCCGAAAACUGGUAAGAAGCAACCACCACCUCUACCCGACGCAGUAUUUGUGAAUGCUGCACCUCUGGCUGCCCCAAAAGCUCGACGCGCGGGCUUUCUCGGGCUCAGGCCCAACCCGUCACAAGGAGAAGCUCUGAUGGAUCAGGCUUCGCAGCGACCGCCCCUAUCACCUAAUCGCUCGCAGACAUUUCCGGCACGCAACGAAGUUAGGAUGUCGGGCAAUAGCUCCAACAAUUUCAUCAGCAGGAGGCCUUCGGAGCCGUCAUCUGUUGGACUAGGAGGAAGGCCUCCUGUUGCAUCAGAGACUACUCAUCAAGCGUAUAUACCACCAAAUCAGAGCUCGAUAUCCCAACAACUGCCAGGCAUGUAUCCUCCUCGCACCGCUAGCCGAAACAGUAAUCGAACUGUUCCUAGAAAUCGCCCCUAUCCUGUUCGAACUACUAGCCGUACGGACAUCAAGUUCGAUUUCGCUACUUCGAGCCGUCCACCUUUACCAGCACAACACGCAAUCAAUGACCUUGAUCCUGCAAAUCAAUCUCAUAUGUCCUCUGAGUCUUCAUCUUCAAAUGCAUCCAGCACCUCGAUGGCUCAGAGUGGUAGCUCGUAUGCUAGUCCACCAACCGAAAAUAUAACUUUGGCAAGAGAAAUAUCAGAGACAAAGCACGAAAAUGAUGCGGCUCAUACGCCCCCACCAGACCUAGCUCUACCUCCACAACCUGCUCUACCCUCCAUUCUGCCGGACUCUCCAACAGAUCCAUUUUGUCUUCAAGGUUGCCUUUCACCGAUUCCCAAACCAUCGAUGAACAGGCCUCCAUUCUCCACCGCUAGCUCGUCGACAGUCUCAGGCCGUGCCUCCUCCCGUAAUCUGUCCUCACGAGAGUUACCAAAUCGUCGAGGGACCAGAGGUGGAAACAAGGGCAUUUGCAGAGGAUGCUCUCAACCAAUCAUGGCGGGCCAGAAGUCCAUCUCGAGUAAGGACGGACGACUAAGCGGUCGAUACCAUAAGCAAUGUUUUGCAUGCCAUACUUGUCAUGGUCCGUUUGAAACAGCAGACUUCUAUGUUCAUGAUGAUCAUCCGUUUUGCUCCGAGCACUAUCACGCAUUGAAUGGUUCACUAUGCACGGGCUGUGGUAAAGGCAUAGAAGGGCAAUAUUUGGAAGCAACCAAAACGAAUGGCAAGGAGGCCGAGAAGUUUCAUCCCAAAUGCUUGACAUGCUCAACCUGUUGUGUCAGCUUACAUAACGACUAUUUUGAAUGGAUGGGCAAGGCAUACUGUGAACGAGACGCAAAGUUAGCAGCUGGUGUCCCAGUCCAAUCGCCAGAUGAUGCUUUCCUGCCUCCAAGGCCGAGCCCUUCACCACGCCCAACCCUUUCAAGCGAUAUCACCCCGUUAGCGAGACAUGGUCUACCAGCAGGUCCACGUGCUGGCUUGAGACAGUCAGGACCUGGACCGGCAGGAACACCAGGAAACACGUUCCUGUUUCCAUUUCCACCCAACCCCGCCUAUCAAAUGUUAGAUGGCCUAAGAGACUACUACAACGAGAUCAUGUCGUACAUCAACGCUAGUCGAUUUAUUUUCAGCAACCUGGCAUACCUAUUGACUGUCGCCAUUUCGUACUCGUUCCACAGCACUCGCUAG